AUGCUGUUUAAUGGGGAAAACGAUCCCCUGAUCAAGCAGUUCGAGUCAGAUGGAUCCUGUUCAGAAGAAACAAAGCCACUCAAGCAGAUAAACCAGUAUUUGUUUCUUAAAAAAAUAGGAAACGGCGCAUUUUCGAACGUUUAUCUAGCCAUUGAUCAGAAUACAAAAGAAAAAUAUGCAAUCAAGAAGUUCAAGCUGAGCGAAUUACAGCAUAUAGAAAAUGGUGUUUCUCAGCUCGAACGCGAAAUUUCAUUAAUGAGAAGAUAUUCACACAAUAACAUUUUAAAACUUUUUGAAGUAUUACAUAAUACAGAAAAAGACAUCGUCUACUUAGUUAUCGAGUAUGCUAACUGCGGUAGUCUUUUUGAUCUCAUUAACCAACCGAUACCUCUUCAAGACAAUUACGUUUGCUCUAUAUUUCAUCAAAUUCUCGAAGCAUUACAGUAUUUACAUAACAACGGCAUGGUUCAUCAAGAUAUAAAACCCUCAAAUAUUUUGAUAAAAUCAGAUGGCCGCGCAAUAUUAGCAGAUUUCGGCGUGGGACAUAGCUUUCAGAGUACAGAAAUGGUUGUAGGAAGCCCUGCAUACCAAGCUCCUGAAGCUUUAACAGAUGGAGAUUGUGGAAUUCAAUCUUCUAGUCCUGCGAAAGAAGAUGUGUGGUCUCUAGGUGUUACCCUUUUUCAGACAGAAUACCAACAAAUACCAUACGAUGGCGAAACAGUCUUCGAAAUCAUCAGAAAUAUUAAGAGUACGACUUUACAAUAUCCUGAAGGCGCGAAUCCAGAGAUAGAGCAAGUAAUGCGGAUGAUGCUUGCUGUAGACCCCGUGAAACGCGCGACAGUAGACGAAUUACUGAAAUCGCCGUUUUUCAUGAAAUUUAAUGGAAUUGUUCCUUGCGAACAAUGGGAGAAAGAUGUUGAUACUAGUAUCAAUAAUGCUCAGAUUGUUAAGUAUAAUGCAAAGGUUUGCGAAGGAAUGACUUCUUUCGUAAGAGUUGGAUUGACAUCUGUUGAUUUAAUCCGCUCUAUUGAAAAUACAAAUGUAAAUAAGAAAAAACUUCCGGAAACAGAAAAUUUGGAAUCUGUUCCAAUGGAAAAAUAUAAUUGUUUCUCUUGCUGUAUAUUAUAUUAG